AAAUAAAUAUUUGACGUAAAUCGUGGUAUUUUGAGACUUGGGAACCGGUCCUAAAUGUACUUUCUACUCUUCAAUAUAUUUUUUAUUUUCUAUUUUGAAAAAUAUUAUGAACCAAAAUCCCUUUUUCUAUUAAUACAUACAUGAACGACGAAAUAUAAACGACGAGUAAAAUGGACCAAUUAAUAAUUUUAAUUGCUUUAGUUCAUUUAUUAUAUUGUCCAUUUACAAAAGUUGAAGAAAGUUUUAAUUUACAAGCUACACACGAUAUACUUUAUCAUGGUUCUAACCUGGACGAGUAUGAUCAUCAUGAAUUUCCUGGAGUUGUUCCUAGAAGUUUUUUGGGUCCUAUCAUAAUAUCUGGGUUAUCAUAUCCUAUUGUUAGUUUAAUAAAUUAUUGCAAAUUAUCCAAAUUUUGUGCUCAAUACGCAGUUAGAGCAAUUUUAGGACUAUUAAUUAUUUUAUCUUUGAGACUAUUCAGAAAAACACUAGAAAAAAUAUUUGGUACCGAAUUUACAUACUGGUUUACUGCGGUUAUGGUAACCCAAUAUCAUUUUAUGUUUUAUUUGAGCAGACCAUUACCAAAUAUUAUGGCAAUGCCUUUAGUUUUGUUGGCUUUGGGUUCAUGGUUAAAACAAAAUCAUAUUUUAUUUAUUUGGUCAUCUGCUGCAGCAAUAAUUAUUUUUAGAGCAGAGUUAGCUAUCCUUUUAGGACUGUUUUUAUUUUAUGAUAUGGCAAACCAAAAGCUUAGUGUUCAAAGACUUUUAAAAAUAGCUAUUCCAGCUGGAAUAUUUUUUUUAGCUUUAACUGUAGGAAUUGAUUCUUUUUUUUGGCGACGACCCCUUUGGCCAGAAGGAGAAGUGCUUUAUUUCAACACAAUCCUAAAUAAAAGUAGCGAAUGGGGUACAUCUCCAUUUUUAUGGUAUUUUUAUUCAGCAUUACCACGAGGACUUGGUUUAUCAUAUCUCCUAGUUCUCGUAGGAAUGUUUUGGGAUGCUCGAGUACGUGCUCUUACAGUGCCUGCUGUCGUAUUUGUUCUUUUAUUUUCCUUUCUACCUCACAAAGAAUUGAGGUUUAUUAUCUACGUUUUUCCUUUAUUAAACGUAGCAACAGCUUCGGCAUGCCAAAGAAUCUGGCACAAUAGAUUAAAAUCAAAAUGGAAUACUCUUCUGGCUGGAGCUGUUUUAAGCCAUUUUGUUUUGAAUGCAAUAUUUUCCAUGUUUCUAUUGUGUGUAUCAAGUUCAAACUAUCCAGGUGGUGUAGCAAUAACUAGAUUGCAUAGAUUGGAUCGAAAUUCCAACAACUAUCCUGUUUCUGUUCAUAUUGAUGUAUUAACAGCUCAAACAGGAGUCUCACGAUUUACACAAGUUAAUCCAAGUUGGAAAUAUUCUAAACAAGAGAAUAUAAGUUACGAUGAUCCCGAAAUUUUACAAUUCACUUAUUUAUUAAUGGAAGCCAAAAGUAAAUAUUCACCUACAAUUAAACCUUACCUCACUACCUAUGAAAUUGUUGACUCUAUUGAUGGAUUCUCUCAUAUAGCAUUGAACUAUAAUAUGAUCCCUCCAAUUAGAAUUAAAACGAGACCCAUGAUUUUUAUAAUGAAAAGAAAAAAUAAUACUGAGUAUGAUACUACUAAUGCUCCUUUUGGAAAAAAUAAUGUUAUUUUUGAUGAUGUUAAUAAUUUUAUUACUGAUAAAAUAAGCCAAAAUAAUAUUGUUGAUACUGCGAGUGAAAUUGUAGAUGAUAAUGCAUCAAUGAAUGAUGAAAUAAAUUCUAUUGAAAAGUAUGAUGAAGCAUCUCAGAGAAAUAUUAUUUAUAAAUCUGACAAUAAUGAUUCUCCUAUCAUAAACUCAGAACCAAUCGAAUUAUUAAUUGUGCCAAAUAAUGACAAUAAUAAUAAAAAAGAAAAAAAUAUUAAUCAAAAAGAUAAUAACAUUUAUAAAAAGAUUGAUAGUAUUAAGAUUGGUGCUGCUAUUAAAAGUACAAAUAAAAUAAUUAAAAUAGAAAGAGAAACUCUUACUGAUUCAUCUGAAAAUUAUAAGAUUAAUUCUGAUGAGGAAGAUGAGGAAAAAAAUCAACAGAAAAUUAUUUAUAGAGUUGAUGAAAGUCAAUUAUUGAAUAAAAAUUUCAAAUCUACUGAAUCACCAUUUCAUCUAGAUAACGAAGCUGCUGAUGACAAUUAUGAUGAUAAAGAUAAUGAAAAUAAUGAUAAUAAUAUUGAUAAUAAAGAAAAUUAUCGUAAUAAAAAAGAUGACAGUAGUAAAAUUAGUUCCGUAAUCAGAACGACAAUUAAAUUAAAUAAAAUAGUAAAGGAUCAAGUUGGAGAUUUAUUAAUGGAUGCUAAGAACAAUUUCAAUGAAAAACAUGAAGAAAAAGUGAAAAAAAAAUUAAUUCAUAAAAUCAGUGGUAAUAUAAAUAACGAACUGCCAAUAAAAGAUUCAAAAUUAACCGAAUUACGAAAUAUAUUAGAUAAAAAAGAAAAGAAAGAAGACGGUAUUAAAAUGAGUACUCCAACAGUUAAAUCAACAAAUAAAAUAAUUAAAACAGAAAAAGUAAUAAUUGAAAGAAAUAUUAAAAAUAAUCAAAGCAAAGAAGAUUUUGAGGGAGAAAAAAUUAUUGAAAAUACAUUAGUACCUGAGGAAUCAACUAAAUAUGACUAUGUAGAUUCAAUUUUGGAAAUUAAUGAAAUUGACAAGCGUUUAAGAAAAAAAUUCGAAAGACCAAAAAAAGUCGUAAUAAUGAAGGCACUGUAUAAAAAUAAAGCAGAACUUGAUCAUCAAGAUAGUAUUCAGACCAAAACUAAUCUUCGUGUGCCUAAAACAUAUAUAAAAAAUUUAGUAAAAAAGAAAAUUGAUAGUAUAAAUUUAUCAAAGAAAUCUAAUCCAGUUGUAGAAGAACAACAAAAAAUAAAUAAACCUAAAAUUAAUAACGUUAAAGAAAGUAUUAGAAAUAUAAUUGAUCAGUUUAAAGAAUUUGAACAUAAUCUAGGAUUACUCGAGGAUCGUUCGCAUUUAAAUAUCAAUGAAAGGUCACAAGAUACGUCAGAAACUGCACGUAGAAAUAAUGAAAUCAAUACUGCUCCGCUACAGGAUAGCAUUGAUGAAACAGAUAAUUUCAUCGGCGACAAAAGUGAACUUGAAUCAUUGGAUAAUGCUAAGGUUUAUUUAAAAGAUAUUAUUGAACAGUUUUAUACGUUGAAAAAUGAAAUGUUUGAUGAAGAAGUUGAUGAAUUCAGUGAUAUAAUAGAAAAGUUUGAAGAAAGACCUAUAACAGAAACAUUAGUAGAGUUUAGUGCAGCUUUAAAGGAUCUAGUCCAACGAAAAAAAAUUAAAGCAUUCUAAUUUUGAUAACAAAAUUCAAUGUUUAAUAAUUAAAAAAAUAAAAGAAAAUAGUCUGAGCUUAAACAAUUAAAUAUUUUAUCAAUUGUUUUUAUAUAAUACUUAUAAAGUGCCUUUAAAAAAUCUAGUCAUUAUAAAAAAUUGUUUAUAAUUUAUUCGUUACUAUUUUAAUUGUCAUAAGAAUGUACAUAUUGUUAAUUAUUUAUAGUAUACCAAUGCUAAUGAUAAAGAAUGAUUGGCGGGGGCAAUAAGAUUGCGUAUGAUCUCACGUCAUAAAAGAAAUGAAAAUAAAAAAACAAUAAAAAUAAUCAAUCUUUUGUUCUAUAUGUAUUUUAUUUCAUUGUCAUUUAUUAUUUGUCGCUA